UUCCGAAAAAUUUGAAAAUAUAUUAAGAAUGUGUUGCAAGUCGUGUGAGGAACAACCAGCUGCAUGCUGCUCGAUUUUCUAUGCAUUUUUCUGCUUGGGAGCAGGUUUAUUUGCGUUUAGCUUUUCGCUGCACAAUGUAAUCAUAUUGGAACAAUCUAUUACACUUAUGGAUUGGUUUAUGCAUUUACAUGAUACUGAUUUGACGGAACAGCAUCUUAUGUUGAUAUACACUAUGGAUGUCAUUUUUGCCUUUACGUAUGUCGUCGCAGGAGCUUUGCUAGCGUUUGGAAUCAGAAGGAAAACAAAGGGGUUGAUUAAAGCUGGCAAAAUCAUAAGCUAUUUCUUUCCAAUAUAUAACAUUAUUUACGUAUUUCCGUUAGUUGUACAUAUUGGCUCUGUAAUAAAAUUAUGCAGAUACUUAAAGGAAAACUUUGAUUAGAGUAAUUGGAUAUUCGCAAAGCUAAUGGAUUGGACGCCAUCAAAAUUGUAUGUUACAACAAAGAAGAAAAUAUAUGUAUUUAUUAUAUAUAUCAUUGUGGACUAGUUUAAGCUUUUCCAACAGAAUUUAUACGUAGGAACAUUAUGAAGCAAGAAAAAAUAUAAAAUUUCGCAGUCUCAACCGAUGAUCAAAAUUGACUUUGCGCAAUAAAUAUAAUUGAGUAUUCGACAAGAUAUAUCACAUUAACCUUUUGUUAACGGCAUUUUUACUUUGUAAAAAUAUUCAGCAAUAUAAGGAAAACGUGAAAAUUCGAAUCGUAUGGACUGAAAUUUGCAAUGCAAUUCCAAAUUUGUAUUCAACAAUCAUUAGCAAACAAAUUUAAAUUUUUGUGAAAUUGUAUAUCAAGAUGAAUGGAAAUUG